GCAGAGUUGAGGAGACCGGCCGGCAGGGGCUCGUCACUGCCUUCCGCUUCCCGGCCGCGUCGGUAGCCGCUGGGUUCCCCGCUCGCCCCGCGGAGUCCGAUGGCAGCGGCGGCGGCGUCUCUGGGUGGCCCGGCUCAGGACUGUGUGACCUUUGAGGAUGUGGCCAUUUACUUCUCCGAGGAAGAGUGGGGUCUCCUGGAUGAGGCUCAGAGGCUCCUGUACCUUGGUGUGAUGCUGGAGAACUUUGCACUUGUAACUUCACUGGUUUGUUGGCAUGGACUGGAGGAUGAAGAGAUACCUUUUGAGCAGUAUACUGAAGAAGGAUUGUCACUGGUCAGGACUCCAAAAGCAAAUCCCUUCAUCCAGGAGACUCACCCCUGUGCCAUGUGUGUCCCAGUCCUGAAAGAUAUUUUGCACCUGACUGAUCAACGUGGUCAGAAUCCAUAUUUGACUGGGGCAGGUAAGGACCUUCUGCAGGACCAGAAUCAUCACAGCUCAGAGGAAACCUUGAGAAAGGCCUUGAAGAAGGCCUCAUUUGUAAAGAGCUAUAGAAUUCAUCUAUCAGAGAAGAGCCUUUCCUGUGCAGAGCCGGGAAAAGACCUCCCAGCCACAUUGGACUUCAUGCAGCCCAAGAGCAGUCGGGACUGUGGGAAACCAAACAGAAUCACUGAAUGUGGGGAUGACUUUCACACUGGAAUAAGCCAUUGUAAGCUGGAUGAAAGCAGAACAAAUUCUAGCCAUAAACAAAUUCAAAUUCACCACCCAAGUGUCUACUCUGGAGAAAGUCUUUAUGAAUCUAGGAAAUGUGAAAAAACCAACCACCCCAAGUACUCACUCAUUCAUCUCCAGAGAGUCCACAGUGGAGAUCGGCCUUAUGAGUGCACUGAAUGUGGGAAAUCUUUUAGCAAAACCUCCCAUCUGAAUAACCACCGAAGAAUUCACACUGGGGAAAGGCCUUACGAGUGUGGCGAAUGUGGAAAAUCAUUUAGCCAAAGAGCCACUCUCAUUAAACAUCACAGAACUCACACUGGGGAAAGGCCUUAUGAGUGUGUUGAAUGUGGGAAAUCUUUUAGCCAGAGUUCCAACCUUAUUGAACACUGCAGAAUUCACACUGGAGAGAGGCCUUAUGAGUGUGAUGAAUGUGGGAAAGCCUUUGGGUCCAAAACAACUCUUGUUCGGCACCAGAGAAUUCAUACAGGAGAAAAGCCUUAUGAAUGUGGUGAAUGUGGGAAAUUGUUUACACAAAGCCAUAGCCUGUUUGAGCAUCGGAUAAUUCACACUGGAGCAAGGCCUUAUGAGUGUGACCAAUGUGGAAAAUCCUUUAGCGUAAAGUAUGGUCUUGUCCAACAUCAGCUUAUUCACAGUGGAACUAGGCCUUUUGAGUGUGAUGAGUGUGGAAAAUCCUUUAGCCAAAGAAGUACCUUCAAUAAGCAUCACAAAGUUCAUACUGCAGAAAGGCCUUAUGAGUGUGGGGAGUGUGGGAAAGCGUUCAUAUUCAAAUACAAACUUGUUCGACACCAGAGAACUCACACUGGAGAAAGGCCUUUUUAGUGUCAUGGAUGUGGGAAAUUCUUUAGGGAAAGCUACACUCUUGUGGUACACCAGAAAAUUCACACUGGACUAAGCCCUUAUGAAUGUGGUCAUUGUGGAAAGUCCUUUAUGUAAAAGUCUGGCCUCAUUCAACACCAGUUAGUUCACACUGGAGAAGGGCCAUAUGUGUUUGGCAAAUGUGGGAAAUAUUCUACUCAGCACUCUGGCCUCAUUCUUCAUCGGAAGUUUCACACUGUGGGGCGUCCUCAUGAAAGCAGCAAAUACAGAGAUGCUGUCAGCCCAGUCUGUGGAGGUAACUUUAGAACACCAGCCUGAAGGAGGAGAAAGUCCUCCAAGGAUGAUGGUGAUAGGCCAAGAAUCCUGGGCAGUUGUUCAAAAGAAGCUGAAUCUCCAUCGUGGUUUUAGCUAACCUGUUAUUCUUUUUUUUCUUUUUUUGAGAUAGGGUCUCACUCUAGCCCAGGCUGACUUGAAAUUCACUCUGUAUUCUCAGGGUGGCCUUGAACUAAUGGCAGUCCUCCUACCUGUGCCUCCCAAGUUCUGGGAUUAAAGGUGUGUGCCUCCAGGCCCAGCUUGGCCUGUUGUUCUUUACCUCACUGUUUAGUCUUCAUGCCCAUUUUCCCAGACAUUUUUUCUUGCUGAACCUGGUCAUGGUUGCCUUGUUAGAGCAUAAACAUGUUUUUUCUUUUAAGCAGUACAUUAAUAACCUAAUGUACAACUGUGAUCUCUCUAGACAAUCUGUGUGGCAGCAGAAUAAACUUGUCAGUUACAUCGAA